UGUCGCUUUUCUACAAGCCGCCGCGCUACGGAGGCUAUAUAAAUAAGCGUAGAGACGCGGAGACUUCGAGUCUCUUUGAAUUAAAUGAAGCGGUGGUGUCAACAACAUCCAACAGCCCACAGCGCUGGUCGUCGCAACUAGCCAACUAGCAAUUUUUUUCAGUUUUUGCUUAUUUAAAAGUACACACAAAUAUAUGAUUUCUGCUUAGCGAAAAAAUAUUUCAAAAAAGCAGCUAAUUAAAAACUAACCAACGAAAAUAGCAAAUAAACGAGAAUUUUGCGAAAUUUUUCAAAUUUCAAAACCGUUUUAUUUUUUUUACAAAAGUAAGCAAACAGUGACUGCGUUAGUGCAAAUGCUUUUUGGGCAGUUAGAUAUUUUUGAAAAAUUACUGCAAGUAAUUUUUGUGUAAAACAAAAAUUUCUGCAGAGAAAAUCUCAAAAGUGUUGUGUAAAAGUGUUGACCAGUGUUCACGAAAAACUGCAGAAGGACUAUAACCUAAGCAGCAACCACUGGAAAUGGAUUAAUUUUGAAAACUGUGUGAGAAGUUCAACGUCAUUUUAUAAGCAACCGUAAAAUAAAUAUUUGGAACUUUUUGAACGAAAAAAUCGUAUUUUUAGACAAUCCUUGCGGUGCUUUAACCCAAGUGAAAUAUACAAUAGUGUAAUCUGCCAGGAAAGUGUAAAAAAUAAAUUGCGUUGGAAUAUAUAAAAAAUAAACUAGCAAACAUUUUAACUUAAAUUGUGUGUUAAUUUUUAUCAAAAAGCACACAGGCGCCAUCAGUACGAGGAAAUUCAAAUUAGCAAGUGAAAAAGGAUAUUGCAAGAUGACCAGAAAAGGUUCGAGUCCACUGGGGCUCGACAUGUUGGCAGUCUCAGUGGCAGUGGCAUUCAUCUUUCUGCCAUUGUUAGCACAAGCCGCUCCCCUACAAGAUGCAACUGAAAUUCAACAAUACACAGAAGGCUGUUACUACAAUUACAAUCACUACAAUGAGGGCGAUAGAAUAUUGACGAAUGAACCCUGUCUGAAUUGUACCUGCCACAAUAAGAUGCUCAUGUGUUAUCUGCGUGUCUGCCCUUUCACGAAACCAAUCGGUCACGAUUGCAUUGUGGAGAAACGUGAAGAUCAGUGCUGUCCAAUUAUCACAUGUCCAGAGGUACCAGUUGAUAUUGCGCAUCAUGCACCCGAACCAGGCACUGAACUCAGCAUUCCCGAGAAAUAUGGCUGCAGUAUCGACAGCAAAUUCUAUCCAGAGGGCGCACAAGUACCAUCAAAUCCAAAUAAGCCUUGCGAGCUGUGUUAUUGCAUCAAGAACCGCACAUCGUGUUUAAUGCAGGAAUGCACGCUGCAUAUUGACGGUUGCACGCCCAUCUACAAUAAGGGUUCAUGCUGUCCCGUACGUUACAAUUGCGAUCACGAGAAUGACAUUUUGGAAUUGGAGGAUCAUUCGUCGACCACAUCCACCACUACCACGGAACGUCCAACGCCUGGUUUCAUACUCACAACCACCAUGUCGCCCUCGGUCUCCACCGAUUGUGUACACAAUGGCGAACUUUACGCCGAUGGCGCAUCCAUCACUGGCCAAAGCGCCUGCGAACAUUGCUAUUGUAUGCGCGGAGAUAUUGUUUGUGCUGUACAAAAAUGUGACAUGCCAAUGUUGGCUAGCAAUGGCAAGAGUUGCCAUGCAUUACCACCAGCCGAAGAUGAGUGCUGUCCAAGCAAUUAUGUCUGCGACGAUGACUCAGCCACAACGGAAGCCUUUGAAACCACUACUUUGCCGUACGUUAAGGAAGAAGAAGCAGUUACUGCUACAACCGAUAAGGGUCUGCAUGUUUCCAUUCCAGCGGAGGAUAUGGAACUACAAGAACACAUUGAUGAACAUAAAGAAAAAAAGGUGUCCACCGACAAGCCUGAGAUUGAAGCCGAACAACCAGUGGAAAGUAAACCUGCCGAUCAAGUUACUACUUCAACUCCUGAUUUGGCAGCAAUUGGUGCCACCGAAACCGCGGUAACAGCAGAAUCCGAAGAAGCCCAAAAGGAAGAAGGCAUUGAGGAUGUUGAGCAUAUUACCACUGUUAAAUCAGAAGUUUCGACCGAAGAAUCGACAAGUACUGAGGCUGCUGAGCAUGUAUACGAAACAACAGCUGCACCUGAUGGCACCAAACGCAUUGGCAUUGAUAUUGGCGAGCAUGACGAGGCUACCGCUGAGCCAGCCGCUGAAGAAGAGGUCACUACAGUACCAAGUAUUCAUGUGGAACAUAAGCCAACAGUUGAAUUCGAAGACAGAAUUGAUAUAGAAACAGGUAAGCCGAUUAGCGAUGAGGCAGUAACAACUGUUCAACCAACAAUCGCUGAAAUACCAACUACAGUGUCGACACCAACGAAAGCUGAUAAGGAAUCCGGUGAAGAUACAAGCGCUGAGAACGUCGAAAGUGAGGAAUCAACAGAAACAUCUGAAGAAGCUAUUGCUUCACAUGAGAAACCAACCAGCACGCAACGGCCCGUCGUUGAGAAAGAAAGUUCUGAGGAAUCCACAGAAGUUGCGGAACAAGAAACCAUCACAAAACAACCAAUCGUUAUUGUAUCUGAAGAGGAGCCAGAAAAACCCACUACACAGCAGCCCAUCGUCGAAAAAGAAAGUGCUGAAGAAUCCACAGAGGUUGCGGAGCAAGAAGCAACCACUAAACAACCAAUUGUGGUUAUAUCUGAAGAGGAAGAAGAGAAACCCACAAGCACUGAAGUCAGUAAGGAGAGCGGCGACGAAUCAACCGAGUCUGCAGAAGCUGAGGUAUCGACACAACAAUCCACCGAAAUCUCUAGUUCUGAAGAGGAAGUACCCGAUAUGCAAUUGCCAGCAGUUAUACCAGGAGAAGGUGACUGUUUGGUCGGCCACAGGACAUACGAAAACAAUACGAUUAUACCUACAGCGGAUGAAUGCGAUGUCUCUUGCAAGUGUAUUAGCAGCAUUGUUGUCUGCCAGAAAAUUAAAUGCGAUAUCCCAGCAGAUAUUAACAGGUGCGUUAUUGAUCAAGCCAGCUCUACCAAAUGUUGUCCAGCAUAUAUCUGUGAACCACAAGCAACUGCAGCAACUACAGCGCCUAUCGCGCAAGAUGAAGAACAGUCCACAGUUGCUUCUUUCUCCGAUAUUGACAUACAUGUUGCUCCUACUGAGCAGCCAAUGUCUCAUGUCAAGGAAGAAGAGCCAGAAAUUGUAGAGAGUACAGCUGCUCCAGGAAUUGACCAAUCGGUAUCGAUUACCGAAAGUGGUGAGGAAAUCGGGGCAGCUCCAGCUUCGCCUAUCGCACCUACUGCUGAAACUGAAGAAGAGAAGACUACUGCCGCACCUAUCGUCGACGCUGAACAUAUUGAAACUGCUACGGGUGUGCCAUCUGUCGAAGAAGACAAUGUCACUAUUGCUCCAGAAACUCCUGAAAUUGAAAAGGCCACAGUUGCGCCAGCUGCUGAGGACGUUGAGAAGAUUACUUCCGUGCCUGAAGGAGUUGUUCCAUCUAUCGAAGUAGACACAACCACCAUUGCUCCGGAAAUUACUGAAAUUGAAAAGGCAACAGUUACCCCAGCUGCCGAGGAAGGUGAGAAGGUCACUGCUGAACCUGAAAAAGUAAGUGUGCCACCCGUGGAAGAAAACAUAGCCAAUAUAGAGCACGAAAUUCCUGAAAUCACUGAAAUUGAAAAGACAACAGUUGCCCCAGCUGUCGAGGAAGGCGAGAAGAUUACUGCUGUACCUAAAGAAGAAGAAGGUGUUUCAUCUAUUGAAAAAGUUACCAUUGCUCCUGAAAUUGCCGAAAUUGAAAAGGCAGCAAUUGCUCCAACUGCUGAAGAAGGUACUGCUCCACCAGAAGAAGAAUCAGUUUCCGAUGUCGAAAAGCCAACAGUGUCACCGGUUUCUGAGGAGGUUGAGAGGCCAACAUCUCGCCCUGCAAUCGUUGAAGGUGAAAAGGUGGAAGUUUCUGAACAGGUUACUGUUGGCCCCGUCGUUGAAGAUAUUGACAGGACUACUGUCGCUCCUGUUGCUGGAGGUCCUGAGAAGGUCACUAUUGCACCUAUUACCGAUGUUGAAGACAUUGAAAAGGUCACUUCAACUUCGGUUGAAGAAAGACCAGAGAAGGUUACCUCAAUCCCUGCUGCAGAAAUUGAUGAAGCCACAGCUGCACCAAUUGCUGAAGAACAAGGAAAACCAACUACAGCUCCUGGAAUUGAAAACAUUGCAGAGGUUACUACUGCAACAUCUGCUGAAGAAGCAGGCGUCACUGGUACUCCUAUUGCUACUGAAGGAGAAGCAACCGCUCCAGAAUCUGAACCAAUUGCUGAGGUUACUCCUGCUCCCGGUAUCGAAGACAUUGAAAAGGUUACCGUUGCUCCUAUUUCUGGCGAUGCAGAAAAGGAAGUUGACACAACUCUUCCGCCAAGCGAUGCAAUUGAAAAGACAACUAGUGCUCCAACAGUUGAAGGGCCUGAGAAAGCUAUUAGUGAAGAAUCCACUGCUACGAUUGCGGAUGAAGAAGGUGAGAAGGCCACUAUUGCUCCUGACGUUGAAAAUACUGAAAAGGUUACUGCUGCACCUAGUGCCGAGGAGGAAGGACAUUUCACUCCAGUCACUGAACAACCCGAAAAGGCUAAUGGUGAAGAAGCUGAGGAGCCCACUGCUAUUCCAGUUGAUGAAGAAGUCGAAAAGGUCACUUCUGCUCCUACUGUCGAAGGAAUUGAAACGAUUACUACAGCUCCUAUAUCUGGCGAUAAAGAUAAGGAAAUUGAGCAUAUCACAACUGUUCCUGCAAGCGAUGAAAUCGAGAAAACCACUAGUGCUCCUGCCGAUGAAGAUGGAGAAGUUGGGGAGACUGUUAGUGGUCCAGUUGACAAGGAUGUUGAGAAGGCUACUCCCAUUUCUAUUGGUGAAGAAAUUGAAAAUAUUACUUCCGCUCCUAGUGCUGAAAAAGAAGAAAAGAUUGAAACUGAAGAGACAACUAGUGCUCCUAUUGCAGAAGAAGGCGAAAGGACUACGACUACUCCCGUUGUUGAAGAUGUGGAGAAAAUCAUCUCUGAGACUAGUACUGAUGCCUCUGCAGUUCCUACCACCGAAGAAGAAAAGAAAGAAACUUCUACUCCUGGUGCUGAGGAAAUAGAGGAGACAACAUCCGCUCCUCUGGGCGAAAGCGUAGAAAAGGUUACUGCUGAGCCUACUUCCGAAAAAGGUGAGAAGGUUAGCGCUACUCCAACUGUCCAGGAAAUUGAGAAAACAACUGUUACUGCCAUCGUGGAAGAAACCGACAAAUCUACCGCUGCUCCAGUUGCCGAAGAACCUGAAGAUAAGGUCACUACUGUUCCUGUUAUUGAUGAAGCUGAAAAGGUUACACAAGCUCCAGAUGAAGAAGAAAUUGCAUCGAUUACUGGUAUUCCACGUCUUGACUUGGAUAUCGAAGAGCAAUUGGGUACUGCCGCUCCUACGAUGGUUGCAGAUGAAAAAGAAACUGAAAGUGUGGCGGAAGACGAAAAGGUCACUACUGUCCCUGAAAUUGAAACGGUUGACAAAGUUACUGCAACUCCCGAAAUUGAAGAAUCCGAGGGAAGUGGGCAGGUUAAGGAAAGUGAAAAGGUCACUGUUGCUCCUGAAAUCGAAGGUCUUCCUAAAGCUACUGCAGCUCCUGAAACCGAGGAAGCCGAAGGAAGUGGACCGGUUACAUCCGAAGGCGAAAGUGUUGAAGAAGGUGAAAAGGUCACUGCUGCUCCUGAAGUCGAAGGUGUGUACAAAGCUACUGCAGCUCCUGAAGUCGGGGAAGCCGAGGGAAGCGGACAGGUUACAUCAGAAGAUGAAACCGUUGAAGAAGGUGAAAACGCUACUGCUGCUCCUGAAGCCGAAGGUGUGCACAAAGCUACUGCAGCUCCUGAAGUCGGGGAAGCCGAGGGAAGUGGGCAAGUUAUACCUGAAGGUGAGAGUGUUGAAGAAGGUGAAAAGGUCACUGCUGCUCCUGAAACCGAAGGUUUUGACAAAACUACUGCAGCUCCUGAAAUUGAAGAAACCGAGGGAAGCGGACAGGUUACUCCUGAAGGAGAAAUUGUUGAAGAAGGUGAAGAGGUCACUACUACUCCUGAAAUCGAAGGUGUUCACAAAACUACUGCAGCUCCUGAAAUUGAAGAAACCGAGGGAAGCGGACAGGUUACAUCAGAAGGUGAAAGCGUUGAGGAAGGUGAAAAGGUCACUGCUGCUCCUGAAAUCGAGGAAGGUCUUAAAAAGAUCAGUGAUGUGCAGCAAAGCGAAGAUGUCGAAAAAAUUACGUCUGCACCAGCACCAUCAGAAGGUGUGGAGAAAUCUACAAUUGCACCUGAACUCGAAAGUGUUGAAAAAAUCACUACUGCACCUACUUUCGAGGAGACUGAGAAAUCAACAGCUGCUCCUGCACAGGAAAUCGAAGAAGCCGAAAAAACGACUGUCUCUCCUGACACCUCAUUAUUCGAAAAUGCGGAGAAAACUACCCGUACACCAGAAAUUAAAGAUAUUGAUAGAGUCACAGCAGCUCCUGCUCGCAAAGAAACUGAAAAGACUCAUGUCGCUCCUGAACACGGAGAAGGUGAAGUUUUGGAGAAAACUACUCUUGCUCCUGAAUUCGAAGUUGUGGAUAAGAUUACUAUUGUUCCUGAUAUCGAAGAAUUUGAAACAAUUACCGUCGCUCCUGGAAUCGCAAAGGAUGAAGUUCCUGAAACUGAGGAAAUCGAUAAAGUUAUCACCGUUCCUGACACUGAAGAAAUUGAAAAGCCUAGUGACGCUGACCAUGUUGAGGAAGGUGCUGAGAAGGUCACAAUUACUCCUGAAGUCGAAGAAAUAUCUACUUUUGCGCCCACAAUCGAAAUUGACGAAGUUUCUGAAAUCGAAGGAGUCGAUAAGAUUUCUGUUACUCCUAGUAGUGAGGUACCUGAAAAGGAAACCGUUGCUCCUGCUAUCGGAGGUGAUAAAUUUUUGGAAGGUACUACUCCUGCUCCUGCUAUUGGUUCCGAAGGAAUUGAAAAGGUCACUUCAACUCCGAUUGCAGAAGAGCCCGAGAAGGAAGACUUUGACAGAACCACAGUUACACCUCCUGCUGAAACGGCAACUAAAGUCACGUAUGUUCCAACAGUUGAACAGCCUCAAGAAGUUACUUCUGCACCUGGAGUUCAAGAUGUUGAUCAUGAAAAAGUCACAUCCGUUCCUGCGGUCGAUGAAGAAUUCGACAGGGCUACUGCAGCUCCUAAAGUGGAUGCUGGAAUCGUUGUUGAUGAUAGCAAGAAAGAAACGGAUGAUUCUGAAAUUCAAAAAGCAGAUCAGUACACUACUGUUGCUCCAACUGAGGAAAGAACCGAAGGUAUUACUAUCGUUCCUCGCUUGGACUUGGACAUCGAAGGAGCUACCGGUCAACCUAUUGUACCAGCUCUAGUAGGCAUAAAUGUUACUCCUGCUCCAGCAGUAAUAGCUGAUUUAGAUUCAGUAGAGGAAAGCGAUACAUCAGUAGAAUCAGAAGAAAGCACAACUGAGCACAAGGUACAACACAUUGGAGAGUUCGUUACGGAUCAUAUCUUGCAUAGCACUACUGAAAGUGCUAUUACACCCAUUGAACCAUCCAAGGACGAGUUGGAAGCUUCUGGUGAAGAAAGCGAAGAUAUUGAGAAUAUAACUGUUGAACCUGCUUUAAAACCACAACUUGUCGGCGCAGACAUGAUUGCAGUUACAGAUAAGCCUACAGCCGAGGAAGAGACCACGAAACAUGAAAUCAUCGAGGAAGCUCAACCAGCGUUGGAUGAGGCAGAUAAGAAGAAACAACCUGCUCCCGCUGCUCCAGAAAUUGAGGAAGAAAAGGAAUCUGUGACUCUCAGAUCUGAUGUCGAAAUUGAAGCCCCAGUAACAUCGAAACCCGAAGAGGAGGCAGAGCAACAAACGUCAGCUAAACCACAAGACGUGGUCGAAAAACAAGAAUUUGUCACUGCUGUUCCGGAAAUAGGAAUUAACAAAGAAGACCAAUACACUACUGCCAAACCUUUAGUGGAGGAUGCUGGAGCCGUUACUGAAUCUUUAACUGCAUCAGAAGAAGAGAAGCAACCAGCGACAACCAAACCUCAGAGCGAAACUGAAGCAGAAAAACAACCUUCCACUGUUAAGCCUGAAGUCGAAUCUGAAGAGGAAGAACAACCGGUGACAGCUAUACCCGAAGUUGAAUCUGAUAUCACAGCAACAGGCGCUCCUGAAUUCGAAUCCGGAGAGGAGAAACAACCUACAACAGCUCAACCUGAACUCGAAGCUGAAGUAGAAAAACAGCCUGUUACAACGAUUCCCGAAAUUGGAUCCGUAAAGGAGGAACAACCAUCGACAGGUAAACCUGUAGUCGAAUCUGAGAUCCCCUCAACAGCUGCUCCAGAAUUCGAAUCUGAAGAGGAGGCACAACCAGCGACAGCCAAACCUCCGACCGAAUCUGAUGAAGAAAAGAUCCCAGCAGCAGACGUUCCUGUAAUUGAGUCUGAGGAAGAAAAACAACCUGCCACAAUUUCACCUGAAAUUGAAUCAGAAGAGAAGAAACAACCAGCGACAGCUAAGCCUGAAGUUGAAGCUGAGAUCGCAGCAACAGCCGCUCCAUAUGUCGAAUCCGAAGAAGAGAAACAAUAUUCAACAUCUGAACCCGAAAUCGAAUCCGAAGAGAAAGAACAAUCAGCGACAGUCAUGCCUCAGGUCGAAUCUGCUAAAGGAAAGAUCCCAGCGAUAGCCACUCCUGUGACUGAAUCCGAUGAAGAAAAACAAUCUACAACAGUUAAACCUGAAAUUGAAUCCGAAGAAGAGGAACAACCAGCGACACUUAAGCCUGAAGUUGAAUCUGAGAUCACAGCAACAACCACUCCAGAGCUCGAAUCCGAAGAAGAGAAACAAUCUGCAACAUCUGAACCCGAAAUCGAAUCCGAAGAGAAGGAACAAUCAACGACAGUCAAACCUCAGGUCGAAUCUGAUGAAGAACAGAUCCCAGCAAUAGCCGCUCCUGUGAGUGAGUCCGCUAAAGAAAAACAACCUGCAACAGUUAAACCUGAAAUCGAAUCAGAAGAGGAAGUACAACCAGCAACAGCUAAACCUCAAGACGAAACUGAAGAAGAAAAAUCACAUACAACAGCUACACCAGAAAUCGAAUCCGAAGAGAAGGAGCAACUAGCGACAGCUAAGCCUGAAGUCGAAUCCCAAAAGGACGAAGAACUAGCGACUGUCAAACCUCACGUCGAAUUUGAUGAAGAAAAUAUACCAACAUCAGCCAUUCCUAAAGUCGAAUCCGAAGGAGAAAAGCAAUCUGCAACAGCUAAGCCUGAAAGCGAAACCGAAGAAAAGGAACAGCCAGCGACAGCUCUGCCUGAAGUCGAAGCUGAGAUCCCAGCAACAGCGGCUCCUGAGGUCGAAUCAGAAGAAGAGAAACUACCUGCUACAGCUAAACCUGAAAUUGAAUCCGAAAAGGAGGAACAAUCAGCGACAGCUAAGCCUAAAGUCGAAUCUGAAAUCCCAGCAGCAGCCUCUCCUGAAGUUGAAUCCGAAGAAGAAAAACAACCUACCACAGCAAAGCCUGGAGACGAAACCGACGAAGAGGAACAGCCAGUGACAGCUAAAUCUCAAGUCGAAUCUGAUGAAGAAAAGAUCACAGCAACAGGUGCUCCUGUAACUGAAUCGGAAGAAGAAAUACAACCUGCAACUACUAAACCUGAAAUCGAAUCCGAAGAGGAUGAACAACCAGCCACAACUAAACCUCAGGACGAAGCUAAAGAAGGAAAACCACAUACAACAGCUAAACCCGAAAUCGAAUCCGGAGAGGAGGAACAACCAGCGACAGCUAAGCCUGAAGUCGAAGCUGGGUACCCAUCAUCAGCUGUUCCUGAAGUCGGAUUCGACGAAGAAAAGCAACCUGCAACAGCUAAACCGGAAAUUGAGUCCGAAGAGGAGGAACAGCAAGCGACAGCUAAGCCUCAAGUCGAAUCUGAUGAAGAAAAGAUCACACCAACAGCUACUGCUGAAACUGAAUCGGAAGAAGAAAAACAACCUCCAACAGCUCAACCUGAAAUUGAUUCCGAAGAUCAGGUACAUGCAGCGACCGCUAAACCUCAAGUCGAAUCUGAUAAAGAAAAGAUUCCUGCAACAGCCACUCCUGCAUCCGAAUUCGAUACAGAAAAAGAAUCAGCUACAAGCAAACCAGAAGGUGAAGUCGAUGAGGACAAAGAAACUGCAUCAGCCCCACUUACGCCUGGAGCUGAAUCGGAAGCUGAGAAGCAGCCAACAGCAACCAAAACAGAUGCCGAUAUUAGCGAAGAGCAACAAACAGCAAUUGUACAACCGGUUUCCGAAACAGAAGGUGAAAAGCAACCCACUCCUACAGAAGAAGUGCCCAGCAGCUCCACUGAAAAGGCAGAAGUAUCUGGAGAAGAGCCUGAAGUCAGUUCAGAAGAGCAACAAGGCAUCACAACUGUGCAUCCGCUAUUCCCACAUAUUGUUACCACACUGCCAACGCCAGCUAUCGACAGUCGAGUUGACGUCGCCGCCAAUACAACUGCGCUGCCCGAAAUUCUCACGGAAACCACCACACCCACAAAUCUCAUCGCCAGUGAUGUGCUCAUUACCACACAACCAACCAUCACACAUUAUCCACCACCGGCGCCCGUUUACGGACAAUAUCCAUCCUACAACGAUGAAUAUCCCGACGAAGAUGAAUCUGAGGUCUUCGGUCCCGGCACCUGUCGCUAUGGCGGCAAACUUUACGUAUCCGCACAGCAAAUACCACGCGACGAUCCCUGCGAUUUCUGCUUCUGUUUCCGAAGUGACAUUAUCUGCUUGCAACAAUCUUGCCCGCCACCAAUUGCCGGCUGUCACGAGGAACCGAUCUCUGGUUUCUGUUGUCCACGAUACGAAUGUCCCGUGUCGAUGGCAACCGUACUGAAUAUCACCACCAGUACGACAACGACCAGCACAACACUGCCGCCACACUUCCUGCAUCACUCGUAUGGCGGUGCGGUGCAACGUAACGGCUGUCUGAUCAACGGCCGAUCAUACAAGGUUGGCGAAAAGAUCGAAUCGACGAGCGGUCCCUGCAUCAAUUGCACUUGCGGCGGCGAUGGAAAGAUGAAAUGUGAUCCUCAGGCGUGCGUGCCCGAACCCACGAUGCAGCAGGUGAUGGCUGUUGUGGCGACCGGCCGGAAGAGAUGAAAUAAUCGCUAAGCAUAAGCGCUUACGCAUACAACACAGCAGAUAAGAAACACGCACACAUACACAAACACAAAGCAAGACUAGUGAACAUAAAUGAAUCUGCAAACCGGUGCCAAAACCACAAUGAAACAUUAUGGAAUUAUGGAGGAGUCGAAGCAAAUGUUGUAGAGACGAACAAAAACUAUACAAAAAUUAAACAAAAAAAAAACAACAACAAAUAUAAAAACGAAUGUUUUCGAGGCGAAAAAUGAGUUGGGCACACAUACCUACAUACAUAUCUGCGUAUGUGUUGUAUAUGUAGCUCCUUUAUUUCUGCUUUGAACACAUAAACCCUUAAUAUUAUUUUAAUUCUUAGGUAUAUACUAUAUUUAUACAUAAAUAUUAUUAUUUUUUUUUGUUUUUUUUCGAACUAGCAAACGAGCAAACAACCAGUGAUAUUGUGCUGUAUACCUAGUAUAGGUGCAAUUAACAAUUUUUAAUUAAGGACGCACUUACUUAAGCGAAAUUUUCGUUUGUAAUUUGUAAUUGUAAAAAAACAACAACAAAAGCAAAGCAAGCAAACGAACCUAACGUAAUUUUAUAUAAAAACAAAAAACAAUAAAUUGUAGUAGUGUUUGUAACGUAGUUCUUUGUGCGCGAACGAUUGCAGCGGCACGACGUGCAAGAGAAGAAAAAACAGUUAAGACAUGUGCGAAUAUUCAAGAGACUCUCACUAAAAAAAAAUAUGUUAAAAGCGAAAACACCAACCCGCAUGUAUCGUGUGGCGCGCAUAUUGUGGCUGCCACAAAGAAUAACGUUAUGAAUUGUAAAAACUUUGCCAUUAACUAUAUUUGUAUUCGAUAUAUAUAUAUAUUUAACCACUAUGCUAGACACGCACUAGCGCCUAAUUGUAGACUAUGAUUUUUACUAAUUUUUAAAUGCGACACUGCAACGAACUUUUUUAAUAAAUAUUUAUAAUUUUUAAUGUUGCUACUAGUCUUCUUAUAUUGUACGAGCAACAGCGGGAAAAAACGAAGCAAUUAAUUAGUAAAAAAAAUUUUUUUAAAAAUUGAUAUUCAUUUUUCAAAUUUUUUUUAAAUUAAUUUUAGUUUUAAUUAUCAAAUUAUUUUAAAUAUUUCUUUUUUCAAAAUUUAUAUUUUCAAAUAAAAUUUUUUUUUUAAUUUCUAUCACAACAACAAAAACACGCGCUUUUUAUGUUUCCUUAAUGUGUUGCUAAACGAAUUUACAAAAUAAGUUUUUCCUUAAUGCAUAAAAUUGCUGAGUCAUUUGAUUUUAUGCGCUCCUAGCUUAGUUCUACCCUUCACACAUGCGCAAAAAUACUUUUAAGCAUAUUAAAAAUAGUUAUUGUAUAUUGUAAUAUGUAUGAGACUAGCCGUCUAGCAAACGCAUAAGGCGUGGCAGAGCAAGCUGUGUGCGCAGGCGUAAAAUUUUGUCAGCGCACGCAGCAGAGAAACGUUUUGUAAAGUUAAAGCAACACAUACAAGUAUGAAUAUAUUAUAGUUUAGUGAACACAAGUUAAUAUAAAUAUAAAUAAAAAAUAUGAAUAAAACCGUAUAUAUCACUAAUGCUCGACUGAUUGAAAAUUUUUUAACCUUAAUGUUAAACGCAUAGUCUUUAAUAGAAAACAAUUAAUAAUAAACAAAAUACGUACGAAUGUAAGUUUAUAUGUAACUAUUUGUAAUUAAAACAACACAAACCACAAUAGCAAUGAACUUUUCUACACUAAAUGCAACGAAACGUAAAUGAAAGUAUAUACUUAAGUAAAACUACAUAUGUAUGUGUAUACACGCAUACACGCAUAGUUAUGUAUGGCAUGCGGCAACUAUAAAUAAUUAAUAAUUAAAGCGCAAACGCACUUAGUAUUAGCGAAAAUAGUAACUUUUUAACGCAAUUUUCAGUCACUUGAGCUUUAGCAGUGAAAUUUCCACGGGCGGCAUUUAUGUAAAACCCCCGAGAUAUUCACUUUUUUAUACACCUAGGUUAAAGCAGCAAAAAAAAUGUAUUAAAAUAAUAUAUAGUAUAUUGAUUAAAGUAAAAAAUACGAAUUAUGCAAUUAAAGUAAAAAUAAAAAUAAAAACAAAAACACAGCGAAUAGUUCAGAAAAAUAAAACUGCUUAGUUAUAUCUACAAUUAAACGCAUAAAAAGUAGUAUAUGAAAAAUAACGGAAAGUAACCAUACCAAUAACUGAACUUACUACACAAACAGUUACAUAUUAUGCAACACUUGCGUACGUAAUAAAUAAUUGCAACACAACAAUAGAACACAAUAUUAUAUAAAAACAAACACUUAGAUUUUAUAUAAAAAGUAAAAUUAAAGUAUAAGUAAUUCAGUAUGCAAUAACACGCACACAUACAUAUGUAUAAGAAAUUGUGUGCGCACAGCUCAAGUUAAUGAUUUUUAAAUAUUUUCCUUAAACAAUAUUUUGUUUAUUUUUCAAUUUUUCUUUUUGUUUGCCAAUUUGUAAAUGUGGUAUAAUCUGUACAAUUCGCACUUGUCAGACAAGAAUUGGGGCUUAAAUCAAUAUUAAUAUUAUAAUUAAACUAUAAUGAAAUAAACGAAAUAAUGAAUAUAUUCGCGCGUGUAAUCGCAAUUGUAGAUAUUAAACUGAACAAUUAUUUCUAUUAUCAAUUUUUUAAUUUUUUUAUAACUCAGUUUUAGCUAUAACUUAAUAC